AUGACAACAGCAAAAACAACAGGCUCCGAGCCAACCUCAACCAUGCCCCCAACCCAAAACUUCACACGCACGCACAGCGAGCCAGGCUGGCACCCAAAUCACACACGCGCAACAAGCGUAACAAGCUCCUCCGCAUCCCUCUCCUCCGGCACCUCCACCUCCGACUACUCCGACGCAACCCCCGACAUCGACAUCUCAAACUACCCAAACGGCAAAAUGUCCCUGAGCGGAAUCUCCCUGCGCGCAAUGUUACUAGGAACAACCCUAGGCCUGACAAGCAGUCUCACUCUCCUCUUAGCCACAACACACCGCACACCACUGUGGCGCGUGCCCUUCUUCAUCGCCGCGCUGAGUCUAUUCCAUUUCCUGGAAUUUUUCGUGACGGCGCGCUAUAACACGCGCUACGCGACUGUUUCUUCGUUCCUGUUGUCGUCAAAUGGGUGGGCGUAUAACGUUGCGCAUGGUUCGGCUGUUGUGGAGUGUCUAGUGUCGCAUAUUUUCUGGCCUGGGCAGUCAAGACUUGCGCGGAUGCUUUCUGUUUCUGAGCCUUUCUUUGGUGGGGAGGUUUCCCUGUUGCUUGUUGGGGGGUUCGUGCUGCUGGUGAUUGGGCAGGUUGUUAGGACAAUUGCUAUGGCGCAAGCCGGUGGGAAUUUCAAUCAUCAUGUACAGAGUCGGCAUCAGGAGGGUCAUGUGCUUGUUAAUUCGGGGCUUUAUCGGUUCUUGAGGCAUCCGAGUUACUUUGGGUUCUUCUGGUGGGGGCUUGGGACGCAGCUGGUUCUUGGGAAUGUUGUUUGCUUUGUUGGGUAUGCUCUCGUGCUAUGGAGGUUCUUUUCCAGCAGGAUUAAGCGCGAGGAGGCUUACUUGGUUUCUUUCUUCGGCGAUGCGUACGUUCAGUACAGGAAGGAUACACCCGUGGGAAUCCCAGGCAUCUGA